AUUUUCUAUUUCUGUUUGGAGGUGUGAGGGAACGGAGGCAGAGGAUUCCCACCUGUCAGGGUAGAAUGGAUAGAAUGGACCGACCCUAGCUGGCUGCUGUGCAGCUCAGCCCUGGGUGCCCCAGCACUGCUCCCUCCUGCAGGGUCUCCUACUCGGGAAAACUUUCACUUCAGGACUCUGCAAACUCAUAAUCACAAGUUGUCAUCCGUCUAGGUGAGAGAGAUGGAUCAGUCUGCUUAAGAAACAGAAAAGCCUUUUUUUUCUGCUUCUAAUAACAAACCAAACCAAAGCUUCGUUCCUUUGCAGAUGUGCAGUUGCAGAUGUUGGGCAGUAAUUUGAUAUCAGUAGAUGGACAUCUACCAUGAUUUGUGCUGAAAUCUUAGAAGAGACAACAGAAGAGAAACACCCUGUUGUUAAGAGAAUUGCACCAGAUACUGAUGGGCUGUAACAUAAUGGUUACCUUUCCUGAAGAUGAUUACAGCAAAUACUUCCAACUUAAUUGUAAAUAGAAGUGUCCUUUUUGGCACACAACAAAUAACUUGUUCUCCAAAAGUGACACUAAACUAAAUGUUUCUGCACUCUUUUUGGUGGUUAGCUGCCCUUAGCUCAACUUAGUGUUGUUUCUUAGUUAGCAUUCAAGAGUGACUUUUUGGUAUCCAGUAGACAGGAGAUGCUCCCAGGGGACAUCUCUGAGAUCAUCGAAAACUGAUAUAGUUUUAGUGGCCCAUUACUAAAUAGAAAUUUUUUAAAUUGAAGUGCUGGUUCAUCAGACAGGUUUGUAGAAGGCAUCUUUUAGGGUAGCACUGUUUAUGCUUCAGGGAUAUUGUCAUGAGGAGCCUGUAAUUCACUCCUGUUCGGCUGUUGGAUGUGCAGGGGGUGAGGAAGGUGAAAGGUGACUCCUUUGCCUGUAGGUGAGACAGACAGGUGUCACAGCUGGGAAUGAAAAGGCUGCACAGGAGAGGAACUUCCUGCCUGCUUUGGAAAGUUCAUGCCCUGCAGUGUUAAGCAUCAGCUGCACAAACACAGCGCCCAGGAACGGGUGUGUGCUGCUCAGGCUGACAGGAGGAACCUGAUGGGUUUUCUGUGUGUGUAGGGCAGAAGUUGCCCGUGGCCACAAGUGCUCCCUGGCACUGCCACUGGUCCCUGACAUUGCCACAGCGUGUGAGUUCACUGUGAACUCUCAUUUAUUGGUGCUGCAGGGAAACGCAGGACACGUGUUCUGGGGCAGGUGAGUUGUGCUGCUCACACGCUGCAUGGUGAAUAAUGGGUGAUUAUUCCAGCUCAGCUUUACCACUCUGUAAUAACAUCAACACUGAAAGUAAACAUUGACGUUUACAGUAGGAUUCCUGGAACACGGAAGCAUAUCAGAAUCUUAUCAGUAGUCACAAGUCAUACAGUCCAAAUGUAUAUUUUAUAGCUUGUUAUUAAGAUGGCAGCUGAUUUGAUGGAUGCAAAGAAAGAAAUUGAAACAAGUGAUUUUGUGGCAGCAAGGUGCUCUUGGGUUCUUGUUUCUUUUGAGGUGGCUGCAGUUAAGAUUUAGCAGCUCAAUAGGAAAUGCAUUGGGGUGGUUUUUGUGGGGUUUUGUUUUUAGAAAGGGGAAGUUAUCUUUGCUCCACUAUUUGAGAUGUUUAAGGGAGACAAAAUUCCGUUGGGAAUGAACAAAGCAGUAUCAGAUCUGAGGAGGACCAGUAGGAGAGGUGCCAGGAGAGACAGGGAACACCUCUGGGGCAGCAGCUGCUCCCUGUGUUUCACAGGUGCCAUUGGAGCUGCUCUACCUGCAUGGGCAAGAUUGAGGAAUUUUUAGAAGUCAUAAGUUCAGCUGAGUUUGUAUAUUAAUAAUGCUACAUUUAGUGGGAUUAUUUUCUUUAAGAUGCAUGCAACAUGCUUGUUUAAAAAGGCACCAGCAGACUAUGCUGGCCUAUAUCUAAACAAGCAUCACACGAUUUUUUUUUUGUAUAUUGACUCAAGAACUGCUCUGUGUCUAUAUUUUAUAUAUAUAUAUAGGGUAUGGUUUCUAUAAACAUAAUUGUAACAGCAUAAUUUUUAAUGUGGACAUAGUUCUGCUCAUAUAAAUAAAUCUGUAGCUAGAGGUGUUUCUUCAUAGUGUAAGAGAUGGAGAUGGCUCUGAGUUUCUUUGCAUUGGGAGAACAAGAACCCUUGUUGAUGUUAAUUUAGUUUUAUUAAAAGUAAAUCCCAUACUUUCAGUAUAUGUGGGAGGUUUAUUUGCCUCACCUGCACAUUAGGGAAGAAUGCCCUUGCUUUCCUAGGCAGGAUGGCCAAAUUGGCUGUUCCUUUUGAGCUUUCAGGAGGAACUUAAGUCUGGUUUAAAAAUCAGACGGGUGUUCCAGAUUUGAAUUAAAGCUUCUUGGAAAGGGUGUAACUCCUGUUUAUCUACCUGAGGGCCGUGUCCCUCCAGGCAAGAACUGCAUUGUUCACAGCUUCACUGCAGCUCUGGUGUCAAAAGGCAAACUGGAGCUUGUAUUUAGUGUCUCUGAUUUCUCUGUAGUGCUCUUGAAUGUGAAUGAGAACUGAUGGUUUGGAGUAAGACUGGAGUAAAUGCCAUUUUUUUCUGCAGUGAGUCACUGUCAGUAACCGACAUUUAUGUCUUUACUGUUGUUUGUUUUGUUUUGUUUUUUCAAGGUGGCAUUAGAGAUUAUUUAGAUGAAAACUGACAGUGGCUGUUGAUUCCAAGGCCUGUGUAGUUGACCCUCUGGACACAUCACACCUGCAGAUGUAUGCAGAUCACAUGGCAAAAAUCUUUCAUUUAAUAUUUACUUCUCAAGUAAUAUCUAAAACAAUUUACAAGAAACAAAAAUAAAGCAACUGUGUGAGCAGCUGUUCCCUGAGGGAACUCCAACUCCUCCAGUGCUGCAGGUGGAGGAAAGGGCUCCUCUCAAGCCUGCCUUCACUGUUGGCUGUUUCUUCCCUGCCCCAGCUCCUCUCCAAGGUCUCAGCCAAUGCUUUCUUUCACCCUGUUCUCUCUCUGUGUGCACUGAUUUCUGAUGGGACUCUGGAUCUCACAGUUUGUGCUCGUGCUGCAGCUGGGCCAAGGAAGCUGUUGGUGAUGCAGCUUCAUAGCAGCAAUAGUCAGGGGACAAAAUGGCUCUGGAGAUGUAAGUGGGCAAGAGAGCGGUCUUAAAAUGUUUUUUUUCACCUAAAUAGUCAAAAUCAAGUUUGUGAUCUUCUUUUCUGUUUUGUUUCCCCAUUGCUGCUAUGAAGCCCUUUGCCUGUUGGAGGUUCCUGAGGCAGAUGGAAGACAGCAGUAGCUGAGGUGGACUAACGCUGGAAUGUAGGCAGGGAUUGGAGCCCUUGGGAGCUGUGCUUAGACAGGAAGGGAGAGAGGAUAUGAGCCUUCCUGUGUGCCCGGGCCGUGGGCUCCCCCGGGGGCUGUAACAGAGCCCUGAGGGGCGUUCUGCAAGGAGAAUUGGCUGUGGAGGCUUGUGCUUGAAACUUGUCCAAUGAGUGUGAGACGCCCAAGCACCAUUCAUUUUGGAGGUACAGCAGCAGCUCAUGAUGCCCCGUAAAGCUUUUCUUUCCCAGAAAGAAAAGCAGGCUCGUGCCAGGGAAAGGGAUAUGUUAAAAAAGAGGAGGAGGCGACAAGACUAUCUCAAAAGAAGUGUGGAGCCGCAGAAAAAUACAGAAACAAUAAAAUGGCACAGGGAUGAUGAGAAGAGGAGAGAAAAUGAGCAAGUUAAGGACAAAGAUAUCAAGAAGCGGUGGAGACAGGAUGAGAGAGAACGACGAAAGAAUGUGGACGCUAUGAAUUGGCACAGGGAAGAGGAGAAGAGGGAAAAUGAGCGAGAAACUAUGUUCCAACUUCCUGUCAACAACCUUGGCAGUUUAAGAAAGGCCCGGAAAACUGUGAAAAAAAUACUUAGUGACAUUGGUUUGGAAUACUGUAAAGAACAUAUAGAAGAUUUUAAGCAGUUUGAACCUAAUGACUUUUAUUUGAAAAACACUACAUGGGAGGAUGUGGGACUGUGGGACCCAUCGCUUACAAAAAACCAGGACUAUCGGACAAAGCCCUUUUGCUGCAGUGCAUGUCCCUUCUCCUCGAAGUUCUUUUCAGCCUACAAAAGCCACUUCCGGAAUGUUCACAGCGAAGACUUUGAGAACAGGAUCCUGCUCAACUGCCCCUACUGUACCUUCAACGCGGACAAAAAGACUUUGGAAACGCACAUUAAAAUAUUCCAUGCUCCCAAUGCCAAUACACCGAGUGGAGGCAUCAGCACUUUCAAAGAUAAAAACAAACACGAGAGCCUUAAACCCAAGCAGGCUGACAGUGUGGAACAAGCUGUUUAUUACUGUAAGAAGUGCACUUACCGUGACCCGCUCUACGAAAUCGUUCGAAAGCACAUUUACAGGGAACAUUUUCAGCACGUUGCUGCUCCUUACGUAGCCAAGGGAGGCGAAAAGUCCCUCAAUGGUGCAGUUCCAUUGGGCUCCAGUGCCCGAGAGGAGGGGGGUAUCCACUGCAAACGAUGCCUUUUCAUGCCGAAAUCCUACGAAGCUUUAGUGCAGCACGUGAUCGAAGACCACGAGCGGAUCGGAUACCAGGUCACGGCAAUGAUAGGUCACACCAACGUGGUGGUGCCGAGGUCUAAACCCUUGAUGCUAAUAGCUCCCAAACCCCAGGAUAAAAAGGCCAUGGGACUCCCUCAGAGGAUGGGUGCCCUCUCCGCUGGCAGCGUUCGCUCGCUCUCGUCACAGCAGAUGAUGAACAGACUCACUAUACCAAAGCCCACGUUAAAUUCUGCAGGAGUCAAUAUGAUGUCAAACGUUCACCUACAGCAGAACAAUUACGGGGUUAAAUCAGUCCCCCCCAGUUACGUUGGUCAGCCAGGGGGGAGGCUCAGCCUCAGUGGCAAUGCACCUGUUUCUCUUUCCCAACAAUCACAAAGCAUGAAACAGUUUUCAGCGAGUGGCAAUGGAAGGCCUUACACUCUGGGAGGGGAGCAGAGGUCCCAGGCCUCAGCCAGGUACUCGCUGCAGUCUGCCAACUCCUCCUCGCUGUCGUCGGCGCAGCUCAAACAGACGUCGAUGUCGCAGUCCCAGGCAGCAUCCAGAGCUCUGGGUCAGUCUGGCUCCAAAUCCCCCGUGGCUGCUACAGGGCCUUCCGCUGUCAACACCUCGUCCACGCAGAAGUGGAAAAUCUGUACAAUCUGCAACGAGCUGUUCCCCGAAAACGUGUACAGUGUCCACUUUGAGAAGGAGCACAAGGCCGAGAAGGUGCCUGCAGUGGCCAACUACAUCAUGAAAAUCCACAACUUCACGAGCAAAUGUCUCUACUGUAACCGCUACCUGCCCACGGACACGUUGCUCAACCACAUGCUGAUCCACGGGCUGUCCUGCCCCUACUGCCGCUCCACCUUCAAUGAUGUGGAGAAGAUGGCCGCCCACAUGCGCAUGGUGCACGUGGACGAGGAGAUGGGACCUAAAACCGACUCCACGCUGACCUUUGAUCUGACAUUGCAGCAGGGCAGCCACACCAACAUCCACCUCCUCGUCACCACCUACAACCUGCGGGAUGCUCCUGCCGAGUCCGUCGCUUACCAUGCUCAGAACACCCCCCCGGUCCCGCCCAAACCGCAGCCCAAAGUCCAGGACAAAUCCGACGUACCCGUCAAAAGUUCUCCACAAGCAGCAGUGCCCUACAAAAAAGACGUGGGGAAAACUCUGUGUCCUCUGUGCUUUUCAAUCCUAAAAGGCCCCAUCUCCGACGCGCUGGCACAUCACCUGCGGGAGAGGCACCAGGUGAUUCAGACGGUUCACCCCGUGGAGAAGAAGCUGACCUACAAGUGCAUCCACUGCCUGGGCGUGUACACCAGCAACAUGACGGCCUCCACCAUAACGCUGCACCUGGUGCACUGCAGGGGCGUGGGCAAGACCCAGAACGGGCAGGACAAAGGGACAUCGUCCCGGCUGGGCCAGUCCCCGGCGGCCGCGCCGGUGAAACGCGCCUACGAGCACAUGGAAUUCCCCAUGAUGAAGAAGAGGAAGAUGGAUGAUGAUGACUCCCCCUCUGCCUUUGAGGAGAAGCCUGAAGAGCCUGUAGUUCUAGCACUGGACCCCAAGGGUCACGAAGAUGAUUCGUACGAAGCCAGGAAAACGUUUCUUACAAAAUAUUUCAAUAAGCAGCCCUACCCUACUCGGAGAGAAAUUGAAAAGCUGGCGGCCAGUUUGUGGCUCUGGAAAUCUGAUAUCGCAUCUCACUUCAGCAACAAAAGGAAGAAAUGUGUUAGGGAUUGUGAGAAAUACAAACCCGGGGUGCUGCUGGGCUUCAACAUGAAAGAGCUGAACAAAGUCAAACACGAGAUGGAUUUUGAUGCUGAAUGGCUGUUUGAAAACCACGACGAGAAGAAUUCCAGAGUCAAUGUCAGUAAGACUGUUGAUAAAAAAAUCAACUUGGAAAAAGACAAUGACAGUUCCUCAGACAGCUACGAAAACCUCGAGGAGGAAUACAACGAGAGCCGCAGUCCCUUCGGCCAGCGCGUCUCUGACGUGGGUGGGAAAGCCUCGUCCAACAGCUCCGUGCAGAAGCCCCAGGACAGCAUAGCCAAGGAAAUCAUGGAGGAAAACAUGUUACAGGCUCCAGAGAAGGCUGAGCAAAAACCAGAGGAAAGCUCUAAAUAUGAAGAGAUGAUUGCUGCUGAAGAGCCAACAAAACUGGUAGGUGAUGUUUCAGAUAGUGAAGGUGAUCAGGAUGACCAGGAUGAUGCAGUGGAGUGGAAAGAUGGGGCUUCCCAGUCUGAGAGCGGGCCUGGCUCCCAGCAGGUGUCAGAUUUUGAAGAUAAUGCAUUGGAGGUAAAGCCAGAGGUGUGGACAGAUGAAUCUUCCCAAAGCGAAGAUGCUGGGAGCAGUAAACCCACUGUGGAGGCCAAGGGGGGUGGAUCUGAGAGUGAUGAAGAACAGUCAAAGUGGAAGAAUCGUUCCUAUGGAAAAGUAGAAGGGUUUUGGUCCAAGGACCAGUCGCAAUGGAAAAACACCUCCGAGCUGGAGGAGAGCCUGGCCAGCGAGCAGAUGGAGUGGCAGAGCAGCACAAUGGACAGCGAGGACGGCGACGGCUUCGGGGCUGUGGGGGCUGAGCCCAUGCACGGCAGCCUGCCCGGGGUGGAGCUCAGCAGCCAGCAGGCGUGAGCCAGGGUGGCUCUGCCCCGAGGGUGGCACUGCCCCGAGGGUGGCUCUGCCCUGUGGGUGGCUCUGCCCCGGAGGUGGCACUUACCCCGAAGGUGGCUCU